UCCUUCUUUCCUUCUUUCCUUCAAACCUUCAAACCUUCAAACCCUCAAACCCUCAAACCCCAUCCCCUAUCAACAUUCAUAUUUUCUUCUAUUGAUUAAAGUAGUUUUUAACCCAUGGCAGACGCAGGUGCUUCUCGUAGUAAGGGCAUCCUCCAAACUAAAGCCCUUCAUCAGUAUAUCUUGGAGACUAGUGCUUACCCAAGAGAACAUGAGCUGCUCAAGGAGAUCAGAGAGGUCACCAUAAACAAGUAUGGCUAUCUGAGUGACAUGCUAGUUCCAGCUGAUGAAGGACAGCUCUUAUCCAUGCUUUUGAAGAUCAUAAAUGCCAAGAACACAUUAGAACUCGGGGUUUUCACUGGUUAUUCUCUCCUAGUCACUGCUCUUGCACUGCCAAGUGAUGGUAAGAUAACAGCUAUUGAUAGAAAUAGAGAGGCCUAUGAGACUGGUUUGCCAUUCAUAAGAAAAGCUGGUGUGGAGCAUAAAAUCAACUUUAUCAAUUCAAAUGUUCUACCAGUUUUAGAUGAAAUGCUGACCACCACCAAUGAUGAUGAUGAUAAGGUGAAUGGAAUGGAGCUGUUCGACUUUGCAUUUGUGGAUGUUGAUAAACCUAAUUACAUUAAUUACCAUGAGCGAUUGAUGAAGCUGGUAAAGAUUGGAGGACUCAUUGCCUAUGAUAACACACUAUGGGAUGGCUCAGUUGCUAUUGAUGAAGAAGAGGUCCAUGAAAAUUUGAAGGUUAAUCGAAAGGCUGUCAUGGAUUUGAAUACCUUCUUGGCUUCUGAUCCCCGCAUAGAAUUAUCACAAAUUUCUAUCGGUGAUGGUGUUACCUUGUGCAGACGCCUUCGCUAAUUUUAUUUUUGUGGUGCAUAUUAGUAGGAAUUAUGUUGAUCUAGCUUCCAUCUAUAUGAGACUACUUAUUAUCUCCUUUUCUUAUUUUUAUUUGUA